AUCCAGGAGCCGGGCAUGUUUGAUUUGGACGUGACUGACAUGCCGGGCAUGAAGGACAGAGGAGAGAGUGACUAUUGGCAGAUCGCCAACAUCACGAAAGCAUUUCUCCGGGACCCCAGGACUUUGCCAGUGGUGAUGUGCCAGGCGUCAAAGUCCCAUGAGACGCAGCACGACCUGGACGUGCUGCGCGAUUUGGGCUUGAGUUUUUCCAAGGCCCUUGUCAUCAUGAACUACAUGAACAAGCAAAUCCCGGACAUGGCCAAGGUUUCUCAGCUGAACGCCUAUAUAAAGGGACAGAGAGGGAAAUUCCCCAACGCCCGCUUUGUCAUGCUGCACUAUGAAGACAGCAUUGACAAAGAAGGUAUGUCUUCAGGAGAGCUUGAACAAUACUAUCAGCGACUUCCCCAGAAGGAGCAGGCUUCCUUCAAGGCUCAUUUGCAGCGCAUGACCCAGGACGAAGCUGGAUGAUCAGCUUGCGAGCAAUGAUCCUCGCAAAAUAAAAGACUCUUGGCGCAACUACACCAUCGCCUACGAGAAUAUGCUCUCAAAGAUGCACAAGGGUGAAUCCUCCCUCAUGAGGUUGCCUCAGCCACUGUACCGUCUUGGGCCAGUAGAUCGUUGGGCCAACAUCCAGCAAGUGCGAUCCACAUAUCCGGAGGAAGUAGCUCGGGUCGCGGUGCCAACAGCAGAAGGCUAUCUUGAAGUUGAUGUGCUUGAGGAUCCCUCACAAGCCUGGAUGUGACUCUGAAGUGUGCAGCUUCGCAAGCGGAGAGACUAUCCUCUCGCGUGGACAGUCUGGCAGGCAGUGUGGAGCUGCCCAGUGUUGCAGCUGCCUGUGCUGCUACGGGCAUGCCUCACGACGCAGCCAGGUAUGGCUAUUUUGCUAGGACCAAGUCACAGGCCCUGUUGCUCAUUGGCCGCAACGAGUCGUUGCCCGAAGACGCGGACAGCAGUUCCAACGAGUCGACCGAAGAGACCAGCGGUUAGACGCCUGUAGUUGCAAUUUGCUGAAGACAAGUCAGCGGAUGCUGACGCAACGCAUUUUUUGUAGAUAUAGGCGAU